AUGGCCGAUCCACCCGCCAACAACGACGGCAUCGUCGGCCGCGUCCGGGGCGCCUCGGUUUCGCUAAUGAACGCCAACCCGCAGCUCGGCAUGUGGCAAGCCGCCGGAACCGCCAUUGCCCAGGCGCCCAACCUCACAGAGCUCCGCGACAUCGACUCGGGCGGCGACAACAUCGCCUUCACGGCCCAGGGCCACUCGGCACGAUUUGCGAGGCAGGAGCCGGACGGCGAGCUGGCGCUAGUGAGGACCGCGACGGGGACCGGAGGUGGCACGCCGGAGCAGCGGGAAAGGCAGCCUUCGUUCCGGAAUGUGUUCAAGGAUAAGCCGGAUGAGAGGCUCGAGUCUCACGGAGAGGUCGACGAGUCGCGGGUAUUGAUGGGUGGUUCGCAGGGUGAUGAGAGUCUGCCCGAUUCGGGCCAGCAGUUCAGGCGGCGACAGAGCUUGUAUGAGAAGCAUGCCGCGAAAGAGAAGGCGCCGUGGAAGACGACCGUCGUCAAUGGGCUGAAGGCGUUUUGGAAGUUCUUUCUUACGCCGUCAGGGUUUAUCAUCACCAUUUACUGUCUAAACAUUGUGGCUUGGGGCGCAAUGCUUUUCUUCCUUCUCAUCAACGCCGCACCCGCGAUGAACUACCCCUCGGCCGACGACAACAACUCCCCGCGGAAGAAGUGGCUUGAAAUCGACAGUCAGAUCUUGAACGCCCUCUUCUGCGUCACUGGCUUUGGCCUUGCACCAUGGCGCUUCCGCGAUCUUUACUGGUACAUCCGCGCUGUCAAUUUCAAGGACCGCACCGCAAUGCGAAGGCUCGCCGCCCAGAACAAGGGCUGGUUCCGACCCCCAGCAUGGACCUUCGAGGACGAGAAGGGAAGGACCCCGACGUUCACGGAUCAGACAGCACCCCCAACGGCACUUUGGAAGUUGGGCUUCACGAUCUGGAUGAUGGUGCUCAACACGCUGUUGCAGGCUGUGUUGUGUUAUUUUAUGUGGGGAUACAAUCGGAUUGAUCGACCUUCAUGGGCCACCGGCACAUUCAUCGGACUCGGAUGCGGUGUCGCUAUGAUGGCAGGCGUCAUGUCCUGGUGGGAAGGUCGUAAGGUGAAGAAGAUCGAGGGACCCCAGGUCGAGGUCGUUCAGGAAGUAUGA